AUGAGGGCUCAGGAUGCCGUACUGCUUGCGCAGUACAUGAAAGAGUACGAGGAGGUCGAGGAUGCCUGGGGAGAAUGUUCGGUGGUAUUCCGUCAAAACAUUGCCGGUUACAUAGCUGCGGAGAGCAGUCAACGUCCAGCAGUUCAAGAGGCCCCAGAUGCAGGCGAAAACGUAGUAAGGCUGGAAAGGAUUAAAAUAUCCAGCUACGGCGGCGACUACACUCAGUGGGCAGCAUUCCAUGACUUAUUCAAGGUCAUGGUGCAGGACAACAACAAAUUAAGUGGUGUACAAAAGCUUCAGUAUCUUCGUGCGUCGGUCAACGGCAAGGCAGAACAAUUGAUACGCCACCUCACUCUAACAGAGACUAAUUAUGCGCCAGCAUGGAAGUUACUGAAGGGACGAUACAACAAUAAGAGGGCCAUCGGGAAUGUCUACAUGAAGGGCAUAUGGAGUUUACCGACCAGCACUCCAGCUAGUCCGAUAUGUAUCAAGCGCAUAUUGGACACGACUGAGCAAUUCCGUGCCAAUACUGAAUCAUUGGGACCAGAUUUAGUCAACCUAAUCAUGGUGUACAUCCUGCAACAAAAAUUAGACAAUGAAAGUAAUUCUGAAUGGCAGAAAUUUAUUGGUUCUUCGAACGAGAUACCAACUUUGAAUCAAUUCACGAUCUUCUUGCAUCAACGGUUCACAAUACUGGAAGCAGUGCAGAUUACCCAACGCAAGACGGUGAAAGUAGGGGUACACUCAGCACAAGCAACGGGAGCCGUCUGCCGAGUAUGCCAGGGCGAUCAUCGAAUUUCCCAAUGCGACACAUUUCUGAAAUCAGACAUAGCCAGACGACGAGAGUUGGUAGCAUCUUUGCGGUUGGGCUACAAUUGCUUGCACGAGGUUCAUGCAGCCAGGAACUGCCCAUCACGCAAAGGGUGCAAACUGUGUGAAAAAAAGCAUAACUCAAUGUUACACCAAGCAUCGUCGAAUAGAGCUGCAUCUUCAGCUUUGCCGAAUCCAAAAUAA